UGCUCUUUUGUCAUUGGUCGUAUUGGCCGUCUGUCAAAUGCGCUUGGUCGUGGAUUGGGUUUCUUCUGGAACCGCGUCCUCCUCAGCUGUACCUGUCUCGUUGUGAGAGGCUGACAGCGCUUCCUGUUCCACGCGCUGCUCCCGCCCCCUUUCAUCCAGCUCCAAGGCAGGAAGGAAGAGCUGCUCGAGCCGCGUGUGUGUGUCAUUUCCAGUGUGCUGCAAAACCGCGCUGCUAUGUAACUCCCUGGGAUUAUUGAACUGGUUUAGCGGUCGGUGGGAAGUAAGGUUAGAAAGUUUGGAGAUACAGCCGGUGAUUUUGGGGGGUCCGGGGCCCGCAGGGAAGGUGGUGCGAGUGGGUUUGGAAGUGGAGCGUGGCAGAGAAAAGGAAGAAAGGGGGGUUCUUUCCUGUGCGAGAACUGAUAGCUCGCUUCGCUUGCUUGCCACGACAGGACUGACGUAGAAUAUGGCGGAGCAUCACCCGGUUUCUGAAAAACACAAAUCCUCGCUGAACUCCGGGGUGGCGUACUCUGGGAACGGGCGCAGCAGCACGGCGGUGGCGGAGAGAGGCAACAGCGCAGGAGGAGGAGGCGGGCUGUCCGGCGGCCUGUCGCAGCCGGCCGGGUGGCAGUCCCUGCUGUCGUUCACCAUCCUGUUCCUGGCUUGGCUGGCUGGGUUCAGCUCCAGGCUCUUCGCUGUCAUUCGUUUCGAGAGCAUCAUCCACGAGUUUGACCCCUGGUUCAACUACAGGUCGACUCACCACCUCACCACAAAUGGCUUCUAUGAGUUUCUCAACUGGUUUGAUGAAAGAGCCUGGUAUCCUCUGGGUAGGAUAGUUGGGGGCACGGUGUACCCAGGCCUAAUGGUCACAGCAGGCCUGAUCCAUUAUGUGCUCAACCUGCUGCACAUCACUGUCCACAUACGGGACGUCUGCGUGUUCCUGGCCCCGGUGUUCAGCGGCCUGACCUCCAUCUCCACCUUUCUGCUCACGAGGGAGCUGUGGAACCAGGGGGCAGGACUGCUGGCAGCCUGCUUCAUUGCCAUCGUUCCUGGCUACAUCUCCCGCUCCGUGGCUGGAUCCUUUGACAAUGAAGGGAUCGCCAUCUUCGCCCUGCAGUUCACCUACUACCUCUGGGUGAAGUCUGUGAAGACUGGAUCAGUUUUUUGGGCCAUCGGAUGCUGCCUCUCCUACUUCUAUAUGGUUUCUGCUUGGGGUGGUUAUGUGUUCAUAAUCAACUUGAUUCCUCUUCAUGUGUUCGUCCUGCUGCUCAUGCAGCGCUUCAGUCGGAGAGUCUACAUAGCCUACAGCACUUUCUACAUCAUCGGCCUCAUCCUGUCCAUGCAGAUCCCAUUUGUGGGCUUUCAGCCAAUCAGGACCAGUGAACACAUGGCUGCAGCAGGUGUGUUUGUGCUGCUACAGGUCUACGCCUUCCUGCAGUACCUAAAGGACAGACUGACCAGGCAGGAGUUCCAGACUCUCUUCUUCUUGGGAGUCUCUCUGGCUGCUGGAGUUGUUUUUCUCUCUGUCAUCUAUCUGACAUACACAGGUUACAUUGCUCCAUGGAGUGGGCGUUUCUACUCCCUCUGGGAUACCGGCUAUGCUAAGAUCCACAUUCCAAUCAUCGCUUCGGUAUCAGAGCACCAACCCACCACCUGGGUGUCCUUCUUCUUUGAUCUUCACAUCCUCGUCUGCACCUUCCCAGCAGGCCUCUGGUUCUGCAUAAAGAACAUCAACGAUGAACGUGUCUUUGUGGCCUUGUAUGCUAUCAGUGCCGUAUAUUUUGCCGGCGUGAUGGUGCGCUUGAUGCUGACUCUGACUCCGGUGGUGUGCAUGCUGUCAGCCAUUGCCUUCUCCAGCGUCUUUGAACACUACCUGGGCGAUGACAUGAAAAGGCAGAGCCCACCUGCAGAGGACAGCAGCGACGAGGACGACAGGAAGAAUGCCGGCAACCUCUAUGACAAGGCUGGGAAGGUACGCAAACACGUGUCGGAGCAAGAGAAGGCGGAGGAGGGCCUCGGCCCCAACAUCAAGUCCAUAGUCACCAUGCUGAUGCUGAUGCUGCUCAUGAUGUUUGCCGUCCACUGCACCUGGGUCACCAGCAACGCCUACUCCAGCCCCAGUGUGGUGCUGGCAUCGUACAACCACGAUGGCUCUCGCAACAUCCUGGACGAUUUCAGGGAGGCCUACUAUUGGCUGAGGCAGAACACGGACGAGCACGCCAGAGUGAUGUCGUGGUGGGACUACGGCUACCAGAUAGCAGGCAUGGCCAACAGGACCACGCUGGUUGACAACAACACAUGGAACAACAGUCAUAUAGCACUGGUGGGCAAAGCCAUGUCGUCCAAUGAGACUGCAGCCUAUGAAAUCAUGAGGUCGCUGGAUGUCGACUAUGUCCUGAUCAUCUUCGGAGGGGUGAUUGGCUACUCAGGUGAUGACAUCAACAAGUUCCUGUGGAUGGUGCGCAUCGCAGAGGGGGAGCACCCCAGGGACAUCAGGGAAAGUGAUUAUUUUACCCCCCAAGGAGAGUUCAGAGUGGACAAGGCAGGCUCCCCCACCCUGCUCAACUGCCUUAUGUACAAAAUGUCUUACUACCGCUUUGGAGAGAUGCAGUUGGACUUCAGGACGCCCCCGGGCUUCGACCGGACACGCAACGCCGAGAUCGGCAACAAGGACAUCAAGCUGAAGCACCUGGAGGAGGCGUUCACUUCAGAGCACUGGCUGGUCAGGAUUUAUAAGGUCAAGAAGCUGGAGAACAGAGACCGGGUGGAGCACAAGCUGCGCAGCACUGACACCAACAGGCAGAAGUACACCUCUAAAAAGACGGCCAAGAGGAAGCGGGGAUAUGUCAAGAACAAGCUGUCCCUGAAGAAGGGCAAGAAACUCACCAAGAGAUCUUUAUAGAAGGUCCACCACCUACAGAGGCAGACUGUGGAAGGAGGGAGGAAAACGAAUCUGACACACAGCUCAACAAUAUCAAGCAGUAAAAAAAAGAAGAAAAAAAAAAAGAAAGAAAAGGAGAAAAAAAAUCCACCAAUCGAGAUUGAAUAAGGAACAGCAGAGGUUCUCUGCCCCGCCCCCGCCAUCAUCUUGAGCAUCCUCACCUGGAAGCCCAGGCUGGGAAAGCAUCGCCCAGGAUCCCGCUGAACCCGAGCCGACCUUUGACUUGAUGCUGGGGUCGAGGAGGAAGAGAGAGAGAGAGUGGGUUUGAGUUUGAGAGCCUCCUCCACGCUGGAUUUAACCUGACGAACUGUGACCUUUGACUCACUUUUCUUUUUGUACUUGAACGUGCUGGGGAGUGAGGACGGACCGAGCAAGAGAGAUUAGCCGUCCCUCAUCAGGGGACUCUGCUUGGGGCUGCUCUAUGCAUCGCAUCAUUUACACACAUACAGAAACUCUGUCAGCACUGAAACCCAGACUGACCGUACAGUACGCUUUCAUCUAACAUCAUCCUGCUGCGCCGACAGCACGCCUUCAUUUUUAGGUUAAUUCUCACUUGCUACAGUGCAUUAAAAUUUUUAUCAGCAUGCCAGAUCAACACAGUUGUAAACAAAGAUGGUGCAGAGGGUUAAAUUACUUUUAAAAGCAAGCAAAGUCACAAUUUGAGCACCACAGGCUUACGGCCACAUUUCAGGCUUUCAAGGCAACUCUCUAAUAUACUGUCACAUGUCAAACAUCGGCGUCCUCUGCUCUCACCGCUGUUCGCGUCAAUCACUUAUUUCAAAAUUCGAGGAAAGUUUCCCCCUCACCUACCAACUUUUUCUGCCAUGUCUGCAGGUCGCUCCGUGUGUUUCAUGAGGCACAAAGACAUGUUUUCCCCCCUUUCCCCACAUUUGUGUAAGAUUUUCUACUUCAGAGUACAAAAUUAGCGCCGUGAGCAAUUCAACGAAUCACAUAAGCAGAAUUUAGUUAAAGGCACAGGUGGAUGGCUUAAAGCUGCGAGUGUGGUGCCAAAGGUUAACUUUACUGACUCUUCUGUUGUUUCUUUUUACUUCUCUGUAGUAUCACAUCAAAACUUAUUAAUGUGAUUCGGUCAGCUCUGAAGCGUGUUCCUGUUCCUCGUGUCACUGAAUGUAAAUAUGGAGUUUUGCAGGCGGCUGACAGUCGUCAUCGUUCUGGCUGUCCAUACACGGAAACAGGGUGGCACAGUAACUCUUCACUAACAUGCAGCCUGGUAAAUAAUUGCGUUGUGCUGUUGUGUGUAUCCUAAAGGCCCGCCAUCACACACAGAUGUCAGGUUUAUGAGGUUCUCUGGAUCUUGCUCCACAGUCGUCAUCAGUUUCUACCAGAGGAGGUCGUCCUCAUUAUCAGAGUUUAAUGUUUCUCCUUCAGCUGCUUCUCACUGAUGUGAAAUCAACAUGUUACCCUGUGAUUAUGUUAUUCAGGUUAGUGGAUAUUAUCUCGUGUGCUCUGCUCAGUAAGAUGCUGGCAUCUGUGCUCACGAGUUAGCUCAGUGUUGGAUCACAUGCACAAUUGUUCUCCCGCUGGCACAUUUUUUGUGAUGACUAAUUUGCCCUGUGAUAAAUCUGACCCCGAAUCUCUAGUCCUGUUCAGUCUCCAGAGGUACUGGAACCUACAUUUCCCACGAUGCACCUGCUCUGCUUUAAAGUGAUUUGUUUACAAUCUGUGUGAUCAGCUGGCUGUUUACAUUAUCUGAAAUGGUAAUGCUGAGCUGCAGCCCAGCAGGUGGACACGAACAUAUCUGUACCCUUCAGUUUUUAAUCAGCUGACUGUAAUUAGUAAAUGAACGAAUGUGGGAGGGAUCAGCGCUGCAGAACGCAGAGCGGUCCGUCCCACCUUCAGGUCAGUAGAAAUGUGCUUGCUUUGCUGCUGGUGCCAGUGUUGUUGUUAAGUAGCCAUUUGAAAGUCUCCUCUGCUCUCAGUGAAAACAAUGAAGAGAAAUCAGCAGCAGCAGUAAUGCACCCAGCUGUUCGUCUGCAGUACCUGCUGUCUGCAUGUCAAAAGGUGUCCCCGAGGCCUCGUUCCCUUUGAUCCCCCGUCACGUAUCCCACCGCACUCUGUAGAUAUCAGGCUGAGUCUCCCUCCGCAGGUACCGGGAUCAAACGCGUUCGCUGCUCGUCCUCUCCUGAAUUUAGAAAACCAUCAUCUGAGCUGGCAGGAGCGGCAGGAGGCUCUGCGGGUUACAGCCGCUCUACACUCUGAAUGUUCCUUUUAAAUUGGCGCACUUCUUUCUGUAAACCAAACUUUCCCUAGAUUCAAAUCUGCCAUGUUCAUUUUCUUACAAAUAUAACAAGUUGACUUUUUUUUUUAUGAGGUUUUGUUAGAACACUGCUCCAAGAGUCCGUGUGGAGAGGGACAGCACAGGCCUUAAAGUUUAAUAAAAAAAAAGGUGUUUCCAAAGCUGCAUGUCAGCGGGUGUAUUUAUUACAUGGACGAUGGAGGCUGCUGCCUCACACGAGCGCAGCGUCCUAUCAUGUGAUGCAAUGAUUUUAUUUGAUUUUUUUUCCAAGUCAAAGGUUCUUCCAUCAAUUGUAAUGAUCUGGAUGCAGGUGUGAGAAUGAAACAUGCCUUUUUGAAUAAAGAGGUUGAAAUAAC